AUGGGCCCUUUUCCUCUUUCUUCAGCUCAAUCCCAUAUCCCAUUGGGGGAAUACAUAUUCAAACGAAUUGAAAGUCUGGACGUCAAAUCGGUUUUUGGAGUGCCUGGAGAUUUUAAUCUCUCCCUUCUGGAGCACCUCUAUUCAACCAAGCUGAAAUGGUACGGAGGUUGUAACGAACUUAACGCUGGGUACUCGGCAGAUGGAUAUGCUAGAGCAUCUCACAAAUUUGGAGUUUUGGUCACAACGUAUGGAGUGGGCUCACUUUCUUCUCUGAAUGCUUGUUGCGGUGCUUGGUCUGAAUUUGUUCCCCUUUUGCAUAUAGUCGGCACAACAUCGACAGAACAGAAAAGCAGCGGAGAGUUGACGCACCAUGUGGCACCAGGCAGACUGAUUUCAAGCAAAUCUGACCAUCACAUAUAUGAGACAAUGGUUGAGAGAUUGGCCUGCAAGAUCGAAAGCCUGAAUAGCGUGGACGAUGCCCCGGAGAAAAUCGAUUUUCUGAUCAAGGAGAUUAUGGAAACUAAAAGACCUGGCUACCUUUUUCUUCCAUGCAAUCUGGUGAACAUACCUGUUAGUCCGCUUAGACUGAAAGACCUGGAUCUGUAUAAGCCUAUGGAAAUCAGGCCAAUUGAAUACUGCGACCAACUCGCAUCCCUAGUGCUCUCCAAAAUCUAUAGCUCCUCAGCCCCCUGCAUGCUAGUUGAUAUCCUCACAGAUAGGUUUAAGCUUACCAAUGAAGUCCGUACUCUUGUCAGAAAAACAAAUAUUCCGAAUCUGUCUACAUUCAUGGGGAAAUCGGUUCUAGACGAGACUGAAAUUUCGUACAUAGGUGAUUACAACGGUGAUGCUUCCAAUAAAGAGGUCCAGCAGUUUGUCCAGACCUGCGAUUUGGUACUUCACAUUGGUGCGUUCUAUAAUGAGAUCAAUUCCGGAAAACACACUCUGUAUAAUGGCAUCCACCCUGACUCUUUGAUAAUCAUGAACCACGAGAAUAUCAUCAUUGGUUCGACAUCGUUUGAUGUUAGUUUUGUCCAUAUACUUCCUAAGAUCGUAUCAAACUUUAAUCCGUCAAAACUUCCGCAGUUCACCAUCCCUAGGUUGGAACACGAUAUUGAAAUUAAUCCAUCAAAAACUGCCAUCACGCAAUCACAGUUAAUGUCAUCGCUUCAAAACUUCAUCCAACCACAGGAUACCAUUGUCGUUGACACUUGUUCGGUCAUGUUUGGUCUCCCGGACCUAAGGUUCCCUAAGGACGUCAAACUAAUAGGACAACAUUUUUAUCUCUCAAUAGGAAUGGCGCUACCUUGCUCGUUUGGCGUUGCCAUUGCAAAUCGUGAAAUGGGUAUUGGUUCGAGAGUGAUUCUUCUAGAAGGUGACGGCUCAGCCCAGAUGACGAUUCAAGAAUUGUCAGCGUUUAUCAGACAUGGACUGAGCCCAUUAAUUCUGCUUCUCAACAAUCAUGGGUACACAGUGGAACGUGCAAUCAAGGGGGCCGAUAGGUCGUACAAUGACAUCAUGCCUGACUGGAAAUGGACUAAGCUAUUGAACACUUUUGGAGGAGGGUUGACCAAGCUGAAGCACUUGAUCAAGAACUUGCUUCUUACCAAGGUGGUUUAA